AUGCGAGGGCUACGGACUGCCGUCGCGGGCUUACUGGUGCUGGUGGAUUCGGCACGCGCCCAGCAGCUUGCUGGGACAGACUCUAUCACUAGCUACCCCAACACCGUCACCUCUGCUACCUUCUCUUCCGUGGAUGCCGAUAUCCCUACAGCCACCAGUGAUCCCGGCUUUAUCUACACCCCUCCACCUCUCCCGUCCAAGGCUCCAGGAACCAUCUCGGACUGUUAUGAAUACGACGCGACGUCCUUUGACGACGUCUCAUGCUACUAUUUAGCAUUGGACCAUAAUGUGCCCUUUGCGGAUCUGGUGGAGUGGAACCCGAGUCUCGAAAACAACCAAGUCAGCUGCACACUCUCGUCGGCGUACAGCUAUUGUGUCAAAAAGUACGAGAAUAGUACAGUCACGGACAAUGAAACCAUGUGCCUUUCCAUUGAGGCGACUGAGGAUGGUACCGCCUCAAACUGCAACUGCUUUACCUAUGUCAACAGCCAUGAUGAAGGAGACAUGACCUGUGAGGAUAUCCUUGACACCUUUGAUAUCUCACUCGGCCAUCUUUUAGCCUGGAACACCUGGCUUGCAGAGGGAGAGUGUACCACCGCGCUCUUCGCUAACAUCCCCGACUACGAGGACCGCUCCGUGUUAUCUAGCAUCGCUCGCCUAAUAACUCCCAUCCGCCGCCGCCUUACACCCCCGGUCUACAUACCGCGGCUCCUCCAACCCUCCCAGCAGUCAGCUCAUUUCUCAACCACAACCACAGCCAGAGGCCGCGCCCUCCCAAUAGCCAUCAACGGGGAACUCCAAAUGUCCAACCGAACCCCGGAUGGCUUAACAGCACAUAACGCCGCCGAUACCCUGGAGCGGCUAAUGGAAGCCGACGGAUUCCGCAAAUGGGGCUUCGCCAUCUACAGGUGCACAUACGAAAGCGACGCCGAGUGGGACGCCUUCAUGACGCGCCUCUACGACGCCGUCACGGAGCUCCUGGAGCUGGGCAAUGGACUCGACAUCCUCGAGUCCUUCGCGCCGACCGUUAUCGAGGACCCUUCCUUCGCGGGCGCGACAACCGCGACGCUCCGCGAGCAUUUCCGCAGCACCUGGGUGCCCAGCGCGUUUGCGGAUGAGAACCCGCGUCUCUCGCCGCGUAUUUUGUCGGCGGCGGAAGGCGGGCGCUACCGGUUCUUCAUUAUGGUGGAUCGGGACAGUCUGGAGUCUGUGCUCCAGGCGCCGGGGGAGGACGAGGGGAUAAAUCGCACGGGGUAUGUUCGGCUUGUGAGGGGCGAGUGGGAACCUCAGGAGAGGGAGGGGGAGGGGGAGGGGGUGUCGGAAGACGGAGACGAGGAAGACGAGCUCGUGCCCCUGGAGGGAUCUACGGCGGAGGAUGUGGGUUGGAUGAACGUGGUCUAUGAUGAUGCUCAGCUCACGGCGUAUCUGAAGAUCCAGUGUGACUGGGACUUUGAGGACCAUUACGAGCGCCCGCCGGCUAUCCGGAUGCUCGAGUAG